AUGCCGCCGCGCUCUUGUGCGCUCUGUAACAAGGCCCGUGCUAUUCUGAAACGACCAAAGACAGGACAGCAAAUAUGCAGAGAGUGCUUUUUCUGGGUAUUCGAAACAGAAGUUCAUAAUACAAUCACUGAGGCGGCCCUAUUCAAACCUGGCGAUAAAGUAGCAAUUGGUGCGUCCGGCGGGAAAGACUCUACUGUACUUGCCUAUGUAAUGAAAACACUUAAUGAUCGAUACAACUAUGGGUUGGAGUUGUUUCUCCUUUCUAUCGAUGAGGGGAUCACUGGCUACCGCGAUGACUCUCUAGAGACAGUAAAACGUAAUCAGCAACAAUACGACAUGCCACUCAAGAUUCUAUCGUACGAUGAGCUCUACGGGUGGACCAUGGACGCGAUCGUAUCUCAAAUAGGCAAGAAGAAUAACUGCACGUUCUGUGGGGUGUUUCGCCGCCAGGCAUUGGACCGAGGCGCAUCUGCACUACAUGUAGACCACAUUGUUACGGGCCACAAUGCCGACGACAUUGCAGAGACUGUCCUUAUGAACAUUAUGCGGGGUGAUAUCGCACGGCUUGGUCGUUGUACCUUGAUUUGUACACAAGGCGAAGAUACAAUCAAGCGAUCAAAACCAUUUAAGUACGCGUAUGAGAAGGAGAUUGUCAUGUACGCAUACUUCAAGAAGCUCGAUUACUUUUCGACGGAAUGUAUAUACUCUCCCGAUGCAUAUCGUGGACACGCUCGAGCAUUCCUUAAGGACCUCGAAGCUGCAAGGCCAAGUGCAAUCAUCGAUAUUAUCCAUUCCGGGGAGGCUUUCGAGGUUACAGAAGUGAUCAAAGCUACACAGAAAGUGCAGCAGACGUGCAAGCGAUGCGGCUAUAUGUCUAGCAAUUACCUCUGCAAAGCGUGUACUCUUCUGGAGGGUCUCGAGAGGGGAGGAGCUAGUCCUUCGGUUGUAGGUUUACUUGUUACCACUGCGUCUGAGCUGCCCUUUAAUGGUCUGAGUCUACAGACCAAUCGUAUGCAAGGGAAAUUGGACGCUGUACUUAUCUCUGCCGACAAUAUGCGUACGAUUCCCUUGUUCCAGACACCAUCAACGCUGCGACCUCCAAUGUCAACAUUUAAGGAGCAACUGUCGUCCUCAACGCAGAGUCAGGUGAUCAUAGAUCCUAUCCACCUCUCAACACUUGCAUAA